GAGAAACGAAAGAGAAAGCGAAAAGAAGAAAGAGAAAAGAGGGAUUAGAGAGAGAGAGAGAGAGAGAGAGAGAGGGAUACGGAGAGCGGGCGAUUUGAGUUUGGGCAGCCGCUCCGCCUCCCUGGAGCCGCCGUCAGACGGCGCUGUGCCGGUCAUCGCCAUGGUUUCCGAUCAAGAGAUCGCCAGCUGCAUCGAGUCCGUCCUGCGGCAGUCAGCAGAUCCUGUCGGCACCCUAUCCGGAGUCGUCCGCCAGGUCGAGGCCAAGCUAGGCGUCGACCUCUCGCACAAGUCCACCUUCAUACGAGACCAGAUCGAGCUCCUUCUCGGCCCCUCCAGGGCACCUCCGGCCGCCCUUCUUGCUCCGCAGCAGCCUCCUCCCACUGCUUCCCCGCAUAACCCCUACUUCCUCCUGCCCCACCUCCAGCUACAACAUCAGAUCGCCAGUCAGCAGCCAGCUUCCUCCGUGUCCCCAAAUCCUUUUCCCCCUCAGCAGCACCCUGGAAUCGCCUUCCAGUAUCCCCCGCCACCGCCUCUGCCAGCUGCUGCUGUCAUGGCGGCAUAUCACCUCCAACAACAGCUCCACCAGACACCGCAGGGCGUCUCUUCUGCUAUCCGCACCCCACCUGUGGCUGUCGCUCUGUCUGCUCCCAAGGAAAGUGCACCACCUAAGGCUAAAAGAAAAGGUGGUCCUGGUGGUCUAAACAAAGUUUGUGGCGUUUCACCUGAACUCCAGCCCAUUGUUGGUGAGGCAGCAAUGUCAAGAACUGAGAUUGUGAAGCAGCUCUGGGCUUACAUCCGAAAAAACAAUCUCCAAGAUCCUAAUAAUAAGAGGAAGAUCAUAUGUAAUGAUGAACUGCAGCGGGUGUUUGAGACUGACAGUACUGACAUGUUCAAAAUGAACAAACUGUUAGCUAAACAUAUUCUUCCUCUUGAUUGUGCAAAAGAGACUGCUCCUGAGAUUAAAAGGCUAAAGGCUGAAGAGACUACACCUGAAGUUUCUGAGCCUGGUUCUGAUGGAUAUCCUCUUUCUAUUUCUGAUGCUCUAGCAAAUUUUUUUGGAUGUGAGGAAAGAGAAAUGCUCCAAUCUGCUGCUUUGAGCCGUCUAUGGGACUAUAUAAAGGCCAAUCAGCUGGAAGAUCAUACAAAUAUGGUGAUUACAUGCGAUACCAAGCUUGAAGAAUUGUUUGGUUGCAAGAGUCUUACUGCCACAGGUGUAACUGACAUGUUGGCAAACCAUUUACUCAAAAAAUCAUGAUCGUCUUAGGUUGGUCUUAACACUCACAAAGCUGGAAAAAGGGACUCUACUACCAAGUGUUCUUACUGGUUGUAUGUUACAAUGUUAGAAAGUAGUUUCUAGUUAGGUUGUUAUGUAACUUAUUCACUGAUGUUCCUAAUCAAGACAGUUGACUUCAAUUACUUUCUUUCGAUUCUACCUUUAUCUA